AUGCCAUCCCUAGGCAAAGCCCGAGCCCCCGCGUCCGCCAGGGUCGAGGUCGAUUGGUCGGACUACUCGAGCGAAGACGAGGACUUGGGGCACGUCCUUGCGGUCGAGGAUGACGACAAGCGCGUGAUCGAGGCCGAGCUCAUCGAAGAGGAGGCGAGGAGGCUGAACCUGCAGGAGUGGAUUGGUAGUUGCUCCAGCUAUAAAGCGUCCGGACAGUACUUCGAGCAGCUCGAGCUCGAAAGUCUUCGCGCCAGAAAUGCUGCAAUGCUCGCUCCGCCGCAUCCUCCUCCUCCUGGGAAGGUCGCUCCAAGUCUUCCACCCCCAGCUCCUGGGUCUCCGACCAGGCCGGACCCAGAGGUUCAAGCCUUGCAAGCGAGUUUGGACAAAUUGCAACAAACUGUGAGCGAGCUGCUGCAGAUGAGAAUGCGCGGCGGGUGUACCAGCUAUCGCCAGCUCGCUUUGGUGGAGAAAUUGCGGAGCCAAAUGGUCCAGCAACAGAACGAGGAACUUCGCCCAAAGCUCAGAAAAGCACGAGACACGCUGGGUCACUACUAUCACUUUCUAGGCAGAGUCCGUCGGCUACGCAUUGUCAGGCAGGAGCUCAGCCGACUUCUGGGCGAGACCCCCCACAAUGAGAUUCCGGCCACGGACAUCAAUGAGUCGUAG